CACAGUCACUUGUCUUUCCUUUUCAACGUGUAUAUUUGCUUUUGUAUGUUACAUGUUCUGUAUCUGAGUAGGUUCAAUAUAACGAUGAUGAGUGUGCCGUUUGUAAGGACGGAGGGGAACUGAUUUGUUGUGAUGGCUGUCCUCAAGCUUUUCAUCUGACCUGCCUGGACCCUCCGCUCACAUCUAUACCAAGUGGCACUUGGCGGUGUGAAUGGUGCUGUGGCAACAGAGUGAAAAUAGAGAAUGCCCAACUACCCUUACAACCACUCAUUGCCCAGCCGCAGCAAACAAACAUGAGCUCCAGUAACUCCAUCAUAGACGUCUCCUUCUUCACCUCGCUGUCGUCCUCCUGUCUCACCAGUGUCACAGCUUCUAUGAAUGAGCUCAGUGGGAGAAACCAGUGCUCAGGCGCAGAGCUGCUCAGUAUGGGGGAGGUGUGUGGUGUUUGUCACAUAGAAGGAGGAGACCUGACUCACUGCCUCCAGUGUUUGCAGCGCUUCCACGAACACUGCCAUGACUCCAAUGUGCUUGUGUUUGCUAGAGGGAGAGCCAUCUGCUCGUCCUGCUCCCGGCCCUGGGGCAGCUCUGCAGAGAAGGAGGCGGAAUCAUCCAAAAGCUUACAGCUCGCCCCCGUGGUUCAAAACACACUAGGUCAUGAUCAGAGCUCCUCUGUCCUUGAGCCCACCCUCCAUAAAGAUGAUCUGGACUCCAUCCUGGGAGACCAGGGCUCCAUUGACGGCAUCUUGCAGUGGGCUUUCCACAACAUCUCUCGGCCUCUUCCAGACUCUCAAGGAUACUACCAGUGACUGGUAGAUGAUCUGCACUCAUCUAAGAGCUCUCACAGUUUGAAGUUAUACCAUGAAGUAACAAUGAUGACAUGAACAUACCUAAUAUAAAUGGAGAUUACUGGAUAUAGUGGAGAUUAUAUUCUUGUUUCCUGGACCUGGA